AUGCCCGCUCGGAACCCCAAAUUACCCGAGUAUCCAAGACCGGUGUCACCCAUCUGUGCCGAUGAGAUCCCAAUCUGCGAUGAUACAAUCGUCUAUUGCGACCAGAGCCGCGACUUUGAAGAAGAUGAAGAGCAGAGAGCAGCCAAAAGACGACGGAUUGAGAGCCACGCCACCGCCUAUCUCCGGGGCCAGCCUUUGUUCAUUCUCACAGCCCAGCUGAGAGGACCCUUCGACGGCGGAUGGACAAAUCCUUGGGCCAGAGAGAAGGUUAACAAAACGAAGAAGACUGGAACAAAUCAACAGAUCCCUACACCACCUCCGAAGCCUGCGCGAGGGAAGAAGCAGAACUCUCCGGUUUUGAGGGGGGAGCAUGUGGCACAAGCGGCUCCGGACACAAGCAUACAUGUCACAAAGCAAACAAAGGAAAGCUCCUCAGGGCGCAACCGGAGUCCGGUAACCAGCAGUGUACAGGGGGGAAAGAGGACAAGCCCACAUCUUGAGAAGGAGGCCGAGCCUCCUAAGCACAACAAGGUGAAAAAUUGGUUGAGGACGAAUGCAGCAUACAAGGGACCAGAGCAUGCACAGCCGGACUUGCUAUCUUCGUCACCCAGUGAUGGCAAGACGAAGAAGUGCGGACAUCCCAGACGGAACAUCGAACGUCCAGUUCAAGUAGAUGCUGAUGUGAACAUCGCCAGUGAUCAAGGUUCAAUUUCUUGCAGGAUGACAGCAUUGAGGCAACUCGAAGGAUUUAAGAGCAGCUUUUCAUCCCCCGUCAAACCGCAAACUCGGCAGAUCGCUCCGGGAGCAAGAGACUGCCAUACCUCCCCACUAAGGCCCACGAAUCAAGAUAUCCACAACCACUACGAGGCGACGAAGCAACCCUGGACGAACGAAUACAGGGCUGAAUAUGCCAUCUUAAAAUCCAAACGGGAAGCAGCCCAUCGUAUCCUGUCCGCUGUCGAUGUAGUUCCUCCUGCCCUCGGCCUGUAUGACAAUUGCGAUAAAACAACUGCUUCAAGCGAACACCAACCUCAACCCGGUCGGUUGCAGCUGUUUACAAUCGAGAGGGAGAAAGAAUCAGAGCCCAAGAGAAAUGAGGCCCCCGGAUUAAACGGUACUUCUGCUUCGCUUCCUAGUGCACAAGACGCAGCUCCUCCGAACCACAGUGAGCGUGCGCCUCAUUCCCUGACCAAAGAAACAGCGGAAUCAAGCACGACGACUGAUUUGCCCUCCGCUCAAGGGCCAUCACCUCCGGUCUUAGCGUCUCUGCCUUCGGAUCUCUCCAGUCACGGUCAAAUGUUCCACGAAGCCCUGGAUCGCUGUUAUUCCGAAGUUGUCGACGCCGUGGACGUGGAAAGAGCAGCUGCUAUUGAUGUUUCCGCCGCUGGGGAUACGACUGCUCACGCCAGGGAUGUGCCUUACCAGGACCACAUUCCCCUAACAUACCCACCAGAUCCGGUACUGCAUAGCCAGCAUCAAUCCCAGAACAAGGCCGACAGCUUUGGCACGUUGCAUUCCGUAACUGACCAUGCAUUUGUUUUGUCCAAGUCCAUGAGGAAGGCUGGGCGGGGUAAUCCAAAAGCAUCCUUUCCAGCGGGUAUCGCGAAGGCCAGAGCAACCAAAAACAAAAGGCGAAUGGUAUCAUCGACUGAGAAUAUACCAUCUGAGUCAUCUCGGGGGUCUAUCAAAUCGGUUCUGAAGGUUGCGAAACCGACUGUCGCGAAUCAAAACAGGGUGGGAGAUUCCAAGACAGCGAUGCCACUCGGAUUGGAGCAGCAAUCUAGUGCAGACGGCGGACAGCGCUCAGCCCCCAACGACUCGGGGUCUCCAAACGGCUUACGAACAUCCGCGCCGAGAAGCAUCCUCAAAUCAUUCCUGCAGAGUUCGAUGAGAGCGCCUCUCCAGUCGAGCAACCCUGGCUUGUCAUCAUCGAGCAGGCAGGAUGCACAGCGACAGCAAUUACUCAAAUUGGUCGAGAGCGACGCCGACUUUGAUCUGGAAGCUGCCAUAGACGAUCUAGGCUCUUUCCUAGGAACAUGGGACGAGGAAAAGCAAGCGUUCGCGGCUGCCGCCACCACCACCUCUGGCUAG